AUGAAUCACUUAUUAUACUUGUACACACUGGUGGUGGUUAACGCUCCAAAGACCCCCUCGGUGACCGUGAGUCCCUCUGGUGAAAUAGAGUGGGGCAGUUCAGUGACUCUGAGCUGCAGCAGUGAUGCCAACCCAGUAGCUAACUACACCUGGUUCAAGAACAACCAACCUCUCCUCUGGGGACCAAGUCAACCUCAUACCUUCCCCUUAGUCCGCCCUGAAGACAGAGGAACGUACCGCUGUCACGCAGGGAACAAAUAUGGACAACUGAGCUCGAACUUGCUAUUCAUGGAUGUCCAGUAUGCUCCAAAGACCCCCUCAGUGACCGUGAGUCCCUCUGGUGAAAUAGAGGAGGGCAGUUCAGUGACUCUGAGCUGCAGCAGUGAUGCCAACCCAGUAGCUAACUAUACCUGGUUCAGGGAACAUCAAGACUCAGUGAGAGAAUCAGGACAGAACUACACCAUCACUAAUAUCACAUCUGAGCAUGGAGGAAACUAUUACUGCCAAGCCCAUAAUGCAAUCGGACUUCAUAAUGCUACCUUUUUGUUAAUCCAAGUGACAUCAUCAUCAUCAUCAUCUUCUCAUCGAGCAAUGGUAGCUGUAACAACCAUUGCUGUCCUACUGGCCACCGUACUCCUCCUCGUCUUCCUCUGGAUGAGAAGAAAGAGGGCCUCCAGUAAAGCAUGUGGACAGGGAGGAAGGCCAGAUACUGUGGAGGAGCCACUACCAGGUCCUCUGUAUGAAAACGUCUCAACUCUGACCAAUCACUUGGCUCCUGCAGCACAGACAGAACCAAUAGAAGAGCAGGAUGACCAUCACUAUGCCAGCAUCCAUACCUCUCGUUCAGAGAACCAGGAAGUUCCUCGCUGUUGGGUUGGCCCUAAUGUCCAAUCAGACCAAGCAGAUGCUGUCUUUUAUUCUGUGGUCAACAUUAAGAGACCAAACGCUGUCCCUGGAGAGAGUGACCAGACAGAGGCGGCAGACAUUUCAGAGUUGUACAGCACCGUCAAAAAACACCCCAGAUAUUGAAACAGUUGUGGCAGCAGGAUUUAAAUAGUGGUACUAGGUAGAGUGUCUCAUCCAUUUAGUUUAACA